CAUAUAGAGAGAGAGAAAGAUCGAGACACUGUCCAGUAUCACCCCAAACUGCACCGCCGGUUAAUUAGCUCCUAAUCGUGAUUAAUUAGAAUGAUGGUGGAAUUAAAGAGGAACCGAAGCUGGAGAGACGGUAAGGCGGCGGCGGCGGCGGCGGCGGAAUUGGAGUCGGUGGAGAGCAUGGCGAUGGCGAAUUGCAUGUCGAUUCUGUCCCGAUUGGACGACAAUCGGAUUCCGGUGUUGGCCGGCGACAAGGAAUUCGAGUGCAAGACGUGCCGGAAGCGGUUCCAUUCCUUCCAGGCGCUCGGCGGCCACCGGGCCAGCCACAAGAAACCUAGAAUUUACGGCGACGGCGCCGAGGACGGCCGCUCGAAGAAACUGCACCUCUGUUCUGUUUGCGGGAUGGAAUUCGACAAGGGACAGUCUCUCGGCGGCCACAUGAGCAAACACCGCGCUAAGCAGCCGCCGCCGCGGCAGCGGCAGCAGCAGCAGCAAUUCCUCCUCCUCCCUGCGGCGGCGCAUAAUGAUGACGAUGUAAAUAAUAGAUCUGGAGACGGCAGCGCAUUGACGACGAAGGAGCAAGGAGAGGCGGAAUCCACGUCGGCAUCUGCGCCGGCGGCGGCGGCGGGUUGGGACUUGAAUCUGACUCCAAUGCAGAAUGAACGGUUGGUGACCGGACUGCCCGAUCGGCUGCCCCGUAUUUAAUUCAUAUGCAGAGCAGGAUAUUGAGAUUUAUUUUUGAAGGUAGAAAAGAGUAUUUGUUUUUAAUUAGGGUAUUUAUUUUUGCUUUUCGAGAGCACUUAAAAGUUUAGCCAUAGAUUAUAGAGUCCAAUAUUUGUACUGUAUAAACUUUAGCUAACAGCCUAACAUAUUCCUAGUCAAGGAUAUUUUUUUCCUUAUGUAUGGUCCUCCAAAAACUAAAGAAAACAUGGUUGCUCAAUUUACAUCACAAGCUAAAAUUAAAAAAAAACUUUUUUGGAUUUAUUUCAAUCAAAACAUGGUUGUUGG